AAAGCUUGUUGUUUCUCUGUUAGAAAAAUGAAAUCAAAUUCGCUGGCUUUUUUCCCCCUUUCACACCAGACGAAUGUUACAAAACCUCUUCGCUGUGGGUCAUGUGACCCUGCUCCGUCCUCUCCACACUCCUCUUGAGAUUGUUGUAGUUGUUAAGUACUGCUUCAGUCCAGUCUCUCUCUGCUGCUGCUCUAACACCGAGGAGAUGGAAAGUUAUAAACACUUCCUGGCCGUUUUGUCUGCCGCCGCUGCAUUCGGGAUUGUCUCCAUAAUAUUCGUGCUAAGAUGGGUUCUGCACUACAGAGAAGGUUUAGCCUGGGAUGGAGGACUUGGCGAAUUCAACUGGCACCCUGUCUUACAGAUCUCAGGCUUCAUUUUCUUGAAUGGAGCGGCCAUCAUUGUCUUCAGACUCCCCUGGACUUGGCGCUGCAGCAAACUAAUAAUGAAGUUCAUCCACGCAGGCUUAAACCUGGCAGCCUUCAUUUGUGCUACGAUAUCUUUUGUGGCAGUUUUUGAUUUCCACAACGCUGCCAAAAUCCCCAACAUGUACAGUCUGCACAGCUGGCUAGGCCUGGCAGCUCUGGUAUUGUUUUGUCUUCAGAUUGUUCUUUCAGUCAUCUACUUGAUGCCAUUUACACCAGCAUCCUGGAGAGCAGCAUUUAUGCCCCUUCAUGUCUUCUUUGGACGGUCACUCUUUGGCAGUGUUAUAGCUGUGGCACUCAUGGGCAUAACAGAGAAACUUAUUUUUGGCCUGAGCAACCCGAAGUAUAAGGACUCUCCCCCAGAGGCAGUCUUUGUGAAUGUUAUGGGAGUGCUCCUUGUGGCCUAUGGAGUGGCGAUUCUCUGGAUUUCAACUCGAACAUCUUGGAAACGUCCCAGCGACCUGGCUCUGCAUACUCAGCAUACCAGUGGGGGAGGUGAGGACAACAUUAAAGUUGGUCCCUCUCUGUCGCAGUUAUCUGAUGAAGCUGAAGCUGAGGGCCGUGUGGAUGUGAGGAGGAGGGGUCACAAACUAGAUGAUCAGGCCGACUGAUAAUAAAAUAAAUCAUUUGGAGCAGUGUGUUGAAUCUGUGUAUUCCCAGUGUAAACUGGGAAGAGAAAGGCUAAAAGAAGAAAUCUAAAUUUGCUCCUCAUAACUUUCUCUCUUGCACCUUAAAGUAUUGUAUGAAAACUGCACUUUCCGCUUGUUUACUCUUAACGUGUGUUAUUGUAAGCACAUGGAAAUAUAGUAAGGUUUUUUAUAACAAGGUAUGUAGAUGAUGCUGUUGAUAUACACUGUUUACAAACUUUACAAACAAUAAUGUCAGAUUGUCUUUAUUCUAAUUCUUUUGUAUUCUGUCAUUUUGCAUUUUAUGAAUGAAAUAUGUUCAGAACCAAACUGCAGUUUACAAUAAACUGUUUCAUCAA